AUGCCAGUUGAUCUGACCGGCGAUAUCUUUUCCGCGACUGGUAGUGGUGGAACCACCGCUGACUCCGCGCCUACUAAUGAUCAAAUGGAUCCCUGGUGCGAGAAGACCUUUCACCAGGCACUUGAGGAGUUUGACUGGGUGUUCCCAGAACCAGCUAUGGGCCUUGAUAGGCUUGUCGAUCCAAACCAUAAUGAUCUCGACUUUCUAUCACAUCCCACAGGGGUGCCGACCCCGUCUGGAAGCAGCAACGACAGUGCGAACUCAGCACCCCUAUCUAAUUCAGGGAACACACAACACCCAACUUCGCAUUCUGCACCCAAUUGUCCAUGCCGAGCAAACAUAAUGCUCCACGUCCCCAAAAUCGAAAGCGCAAUCCAAGAAAAGCCCAAACCACGACUAGACGAUAUGUUUAAGGUCACAGGCGACGUGAUCAGGAGCUGUCUCGAGUCAACCCGUUGCGGGUGCCGCCUGGGUCCCGUCGACCUAGUCUGCAUCAUGACGGUUUUCGAGCAAACAGCCGUCUGCUUCGACUACAUUGCGAAAUCCGGGUUCGACGGAACCGUCAAAGUGGGGAUUGGCAAUUACUGUGUCUCGCUCAAAGACGACGCCUCUUUAAAACGCACUCUGGUCUUGGAUCUCGUCUCUCAGGCCAAUGUCUUCUUGGACUCCUUAAGCGCGCUUGCACAGAAGAUGAUUGCGUUGCAGAAUGAGCCUGGUGUCAAAUGCAUGGGCCGAUCGCCUGCUUGUUUGACCCAACUCAAUUUCAAUUACCUGCGGGAGGCAACUGCGAGCUUUAAGAGACUUUUUCGCCUGAUGACCGAGUUUUUUGAAGGGGAGCAUUCCGAUACUCGAAUACAGGCGGGUGACUAUCGUUCGAGUGUGGCCAACAGUUGA